AUGAAAUCGGCCAUCUUUCAAGAACAAAGCCAUUCGGCGGAGAGCCGUAUCCCCAAAAAACCUCAUGUUGGAAUAAAAGGCAUCAGGUCUUUAGGAGCAUCAGUAACGCUGUCUCCCAGCAACCUCUCACUGCUCAAUUGGAACUUGGAUGAAUUGAUAACUUUGUACAACAGUACCGGAGUCCUUCCACCUAAGCUUUCUCCCAAAUUACCUCCGCAAUUCGAUUUCAUGAGCAAUGAUAACAAACAUCUGAGGAAAGAGGAUGACUCGGCUGAAAGCGAUAUAGAUAAUAUGCCUAUGUCUCUUUUGUCUCCGACUCUACCAAAUCUGUUUCCAGAGACAUCUAGGAAUGAAAAGAGAAAACCACAGAAGGAGAAUCUGAAGUCGGAAUUAGUUCAGCCGUCUCCCAGGAGUGCAGCAACAGUUUCAUCUGUUUUGACGGAGCGCAACUCGAAAAGCAAUCGCGUCAGAUGGAUCAAUAAAAUCAAUGACCGGGAAAAGCCCAGGUUCUUGAUGCGCAUUACCUUUAAACGCCUGCUUCCCAAGUACAAAGACAUAUUCAGCCCAAAAUCACCUGUUAAGUAUCAAGGCUUGGGCAUAGAUAUGAAUGAGGCUUCUGAGGCCAGCGCGAAGGAAUACUGGCUUAAGGUAGCUAAGGACAUUCAGAGUAAUGGCGAAAAGCUCACCUCUCGUCACUCAAUGCUAUUACUCGUAUAUCAGUUCGACUGGAUACUAUGCCUUUUGAUUGCUCAUGGACAAGAUGGUGUUGAUACUUCUUCUGAGAGACAUUGGUAUGCUUUGCGCAACGAAAUUCCACCACUUGUACAGCGGAUCGAAAAGUAUGUGAAAACCAACAAUGUGGACGACAAAAAACCAUAUUUGACAUUCCUUGUGGGCAUUCUUUUAACUAUAAAAGCUCUUAUUCUCAAAAGAGUCAAUUCUAUCUUGAAAUCGUCAGUUGAAGGCUACUUUGAUCAAAAGGACCCUAAUGCACAAAUGAUGAAUAAGGUUAUCAACUUGCAAAAACGAAUCAUCAGUAAUCAGCAGCAAUCUGAGGAUGAUCUAGCUGAAUCUCAAGCUUGCUUCACAAAGUGUGGUCCUCCUGCUAAAUUAUUCCCUAAAAGUUGGGAAUUUCGCAAAAAUGCAUUUCAGCGACAAUCCUCCUUUGUACUAACUCCGUCGACAGACAAAUAUUUUUUGCCUUUGGGUGUAUACUCUGACCUUCGUGAGGGUUGUGCCUAUCUAUAUUGUUGUGUCAGGGAGUUUUUAGAUCUUUAUUAUUCCGAAAUAUGUGGGGAUGUCCGGUACACUCUCCAAUCUGGUCAAAGAAAAAAAGUAAUGCCUUGA